CUGACCGGACCUCCGCUGCUGCCCGUCUCACUCGCAGCGGCAGUGAGCAGUCUUUUUUUUUUUUUUUUUUUUGCCUUUGUUCGCUGGCCUGAAGUCACCAAGGAAAGUACAAAGCUGCCUCCAUGAAAUAGCACACUUUCUGAAAAAUGAUCAUCUGUACGAAUAAAAUGGAGUACCCCUUAAGAGCUCAGUGCCAGCGAGUACAAAAACAGGUGAUGGUAAAUGGUGAGAAGGAGCGGGUGACGCUGCUGUUCAUGAAGCUGGCCAAUAGGGGCAGCGUGGACACUGUGGCUCAGCAGAUGGCCGCUCACCCUCAGUAUCUGGAGAGCUUCUUGCGUACACAGCACUACAUCCUGCACAUGGACGGCCCACUGCCUCUGCCCUACCGACAUUACAUCGCCAUCAUGGCAGCAGCUCGACAUCACUGUAACUACCUGGUGCACCUGCACUCAGCCCAGUUCCUGAAGGUCGGAGGGGACCCUCUGUGGCUGCACGACCUACAGGCUGCUCCAGCUCGGCUGCGCCUUCUGGACCAGAUCAACAAAGUCCUGGCGCACCAACCAUGGCUUACAUCCUGUGCACACAUCCAGGCACUGCUGAAGUCCGGUGAGCAGUGCUGGUCUCUGGCUGAGCUGGUGCAGGCUGUGGUGAUCCUGGCCCAUUGUCAUUCACUUUGUUGCUUUGUGUUCGGGUCUGACGCCGAGUCAAACUGUGCCUCAUUCUCCAAAUCUCCCAGCGGUACAUCGCCAAAGUACUGCUCUUUUGAUGCUGCGAACGGCAACACCAAUGUGCCUCCGUCUGUGACCCCGCCCCCUGACCUCAUAACACACCGGAGGUCUCUAGACUCCAGCAGUGACAUGACAGGUUUAAAGGAGAGGAUUCAGAAGUCUCAGGAGGAGUGUGAGAAGAGAGAGGAGCGGCUGAUGCAAACACAAGCUCUCCAUCAAACUGACCUGGAAGAAGAAGAUGAGGUGAUCUGCUUCACAGACUCAUCCCGUUUUAUCACAGACCCUGACUUCUGCUAUCAGGAGUUUGCCUGGCGAGACGACGACCACUUUCAAGUCUUCAGAGUUCAGGACUAUUCAUGGGAGGACCAUGGCUUCUCAUUGGUUAAUCGGUUGUAUUCAGACAUUGGACACCUUCUGGAUGAUCGAUUUCGAAGUGUGGCCACUCUCCCCUCUUUGCUCAGUCAUGACCUGAGAAGGGCAAUCUGGAAUUACACACAUUGUGUAUUAGGAAUACGGUAUGAUGAUUAUGAUUAUGGAGAGGUGAACCAUCUUUUGGAGAGAGACUUCAAGUUCUACAUCAAAGCAGUGGCUUGUUUUCCGGACACCACCAAGACCUCAGUGUGCCUGCUCAGUUGGACCUCACUAAAACCUCCAGAACGGAUACACGUGAAUCUAUUAAUCAUGGAGGCGCGGCUCCAGGCGGAGCUCCUGUACAGCCUGCGGGCCAUCACGCAGUACAUGAUCCUAUGAGGGGGACAAGUCUCCUCUCCAGUGGUACGGAUGCCCACCCAGCACACUUGGGCCCACAUGGGACGACAGCAGCACUUUUGGGGAGACAUGGCUUCAUGAAUGUUAAACUGUAGUGUGCCACAACCGUCUGCUAAUAACUGUUGUGUUGUCAGACAUCUGGACAUGAUCAAAUGUGCAAUUCUAACUAGCUCUAUUUUAUUUUUAAUUUUUUUUUCAUGUAGCAAUGGCCAAGAGUCCUUUUUAAAUGACUAUUACUGAUGUUUUAGUCUGAAAUAUCUUUUUCUAUAAUUUGAAUGUCAACGAGAGUAGAGGUGAGUUAGUUUUCGACAAUCCUCGUCCAUAUUUUGGUGAGGGACUGGGACAUGUAUUGGACUAUUGUCAAAGACAUAGAUUUAACCUGAUUUACCAAGACAUUGUAAUAAUUCUGAGCAGAACUUAUGACAUCACUUUAGUUACUUUUAUUAAAAUGCACUUUUUAACUUUAUAUAUUUAUAUUAAAAACAAACUUGCGUUGAAGGUUUGACACACUCCAAUGCAAAAAAAUUAAUUGAACAUCUGACUGAUCUGAAGCCAAUUUUUUAUUUUUUUUGGGGGGGGGGAAAAAACAAACAAAAAAUCAUAGUAAUGGUCCAGUUAUUAGAAAAGGCCAACGUACUAAGUCAAAAGUCAGAACAAGACUUUUGUUCUGUUACUCCUAGCAGUUGCAUAGGACAGAAUAAAAUGGUCAAGUGAUUGAUUGUUGAGAAUCAUUUGUAAAUUAGAUUUUCCAAAUGAAAGCAUACUGUUAUCAGUUAAAAACAAAAAGUGCAAUGUGUCUUUUAUACGUUUUUGUUUUUUUGCAUGUGACACUAGGACCUCUGUUUGUUGGCCUGCCGCCUGGCAAGCCCUGACUGUGUGAACAGCUGUUAAGACAUUAGAAGACCAGAUGUAGAUACAUAUCAAUAAAUGUGAUAAAUCCCAGUGCCUUCAGGUCAAAAUUGGGGUGUUUCUGAAACAAAAAUUAUUACUAAUUUUGGGCCUAUAACAGAAUCACUUCCAUUGGAAAGUUUCAGCAAUGUCAGCACCAGUACCAGCUGUGUACAAAUAUGCUUUAAAAUUCAAGAGCCUUGGACACACGUGGAUGUAAGUGUUCAUCUUUACAAAAAACAUAAAUAAUGAAAAAUGAAGAUCGCUCAGAAGACAAUUGUAAAACACUUGAAAAUGUGAAGAAGUUAUGUUUUUUCUAUAAAGAUAUUCUAAAGUA